AUGGUUAAUUCGGAGGUGUCGAUCGACGAACGCUCAAAAUCCUUGAUGUCGGGAAAAAUUAUUGGCGCCGGAAAGGUGGAUGCUGAGGCAGCGCUGUACUCGGAGCUAUGGAGGGCAUGUGCUGGUCCUUUAGUUACUGUGCCUCGUGAACAGGAGCUCGUUUUCUAUUUCCCCCAGGGUCACUUAGAAGAGGUGGAGGCAGCGACUAGCCAAAGUGCAGACCAGCAUAUGCCCGUGUAUAAUCUUCCAUCCAAGAUCCUUUGCCGAGUGGUUAAUGUUCUGUUAAAGGCUGAACCGGAUACAGACGAGGUGUUUGCACAAGUAACCUUGAUGCCUGAAACUAAUCAAGAUGAGAAUGCAGUGAAGAAGGAACCUUUCCCACCAUCCCCACCUUGUUGUCGUGUGCAUUCUUUUUGUAAGACGUUGACUGCCUCAGACACCAGCACACAUGGGGGAUUCUCAGUCUUGAGACGACAUGCCGAUGAAUGUCUACCCCCUCUGGACAUGUCACGACAACCUCCAACCCAGGAGUUGGUGGCAAAAGAUUUGCAUGGCAACGAGUGGCGAUUCAAACAUAUCUUUCGUGGUCAACCACGGAGGCAUCUCCUUCAGAGUGGUUGGAGCUUCUUUGUGAGUUCAAAGAGGCUUGUUGCAGGGGAUGCCUUCAUAUUUCUAAGGGGUGAGAAUGGGGAGCUUCGAGUAGGCGUUAGACGUGCCAUGAGACAAGAAGGCAAUGCACCGUCAUCAGUCAUAUCUAGUCACAGUAUGCAUCUUGGUGUGCUGGCAACAGCUUGGCAUGCCAAUCAGACUAAAACCAUGUUUACAGUGUAUUACAAGCCCAGGAUGAGCCCAACUGAGUAUAUUGUCCCUUAUGAUCGGUACACGGAGUCCGUGAAAAAUAAUUAUGCCACCGGAAUGAGGUUUAAAAUGAGAUUUGAAGGUGAAGAAGCUCCAGAGCAGAGGUUUACCGGAACUAUAGUUGGUAUUGAGGAUGCUGACCCUAAAAGAUGGCCAGAAUCAAAAUGGAGAUGUCUGAAGGUGCGAUGGGAUGAAACUUCCACCAUUCCUCGUCCUGAGAGGGUUUCACCCUGGGAAAUAGAACCUGCUCUAACUGCUGCUGCUCUUAAUCCGCUUCCAGUGUCCAGGCCAAAGAAGCCUCGAUCAAACAUCUUGCCCUCAUCUCCAGUCUCUUCUGUCCAUACAAGGGAAGCUUCAUCUAAGAUAACAGUGAACUCUUCAGCAGCCAGUGGUUUUCCUAGAGUUUUGCAAGAUCAGGAGUUUUCCACCUUGAGAGGCACCUUUGUGGAGAGCUAUGAGUCGGACUCUUCAAAAAUGCCAAUGAUAUGGCGAUCUUCAUUAGAUGAUCAGAAGGUUGAUGAUGUUUCCACGACAAUAAACUAUGGAUCAGAUAAAAGGUUUCCUCUGGGAAGGCAAGAGUCAUCAUUCACGGAUCUCUUAUCAGGUUUCGGGAUGCAAAUCAAUUCCUCCCAUGACUUGUAUGCGGCUUCUGGUGAUCAAGCAGGACCUAUCACAAAGCGUAGAAUACAAGAGCAUGAAGAGAAAUUAAAAUCAAUCGGAAACAUGAGGGCUGUUAAUCCUUCUGGCUGGUCACUUAAUUUGAUGGAUUCUAGUAUGAAAACUCAUGGACAAGUUGCUGAUACAUGCUAUCGGAUGCCGGGGGAUAUGAGAUAUGGUGGUUUCAGACCGUAUACGAUGAUUCCUGAUCACAGAGCUGAAAAUUUUCCAGGUAAUCGGUUGAUGCCACCACCAAUUUCACCUAAUCUCCAAACACCACCUUCGAUGUCUAGAGAGCUGGUGCCGAAGUCUGCAUUUCAAAAACAGCACAAUGACGUGAAACUUAAAGAAGGGAACUGCAAGCUCUUCGGUAUUUCCCUUAUAAGUAGCUCCAUUCCAAUGGAGCCUGCAUUGCCACAAAGAAAUGCUUAUGUUGAGCCAGCAGAUCGCAUGCAUCUUGGGGUGAGCUCUCAUAAAUCCACCGCACUUGAAUAUAAUCAAAGAUCUGAUCAAUUGAAGGGCUCAAAAUUGGUGGAUAAUCAAGUUACCGGUAGUGAGCAGGAGAAAAAAUGUCAAACCCGUGUUCCUGUUUCCAGCGGCAGGGAAGGCAAAGGUCAUUCUGGUUCAACAAGGAGUUGCACCAAGGUUCAUAAGCAGGGUAUCGGCCUUGGUAGAUCCGUGGAUCUCGCCAAUUUCAAUAACUAUGACGAAUUGAUUGCUGCAUUAGAUGAUCUCUUUGAAUGUAAUGGUGAACUUAAUUAUCGGAAUAAGAAUUGGCUUUUGGUGUAUACUGAUGAUGAGGAUGAUAUGAUGCUCGUUGGAGAUGACCCAUGGAAUGAAUUCUGUAGCAUGGUUCGAAAGAUCUUAAUUUUUGUCCGUCGUUAUCUAGGAUAUACAAAUGAAUGGCGUACAGGAGACUUUAUCCAUCUGCUGUUGAAUUUUGAGGACAUCAGAAAGCAGGUGCUUAUGUAG